CUGUAAAGUGAGAUAAUGCAUAUUGUAAGAUGCAUGCUGGUAUGUUUCGUUUGGAGUAGCCUUAUACUGAUACUGGCAUACCUUUCGGAAGUCACUUAUCAGGGGUCGAUAGUCCCACACACCUACUACAGCGAGAGCAUCUUGCCAAACUUCUCCGUGAACAGCUUUGAGAAAAAGGAAGUUCUCUUUCAGGGUGAAGUGUUUAUCCCUGAGGCAAUAAAACGCAAAAUCAACACAGGCAGUAACCGCACAGGGUUAAAACUACUAUCAUCUCUUUACGAACACCUUCCCUCUGUGACAACAAAAUACUCUUCCGUAUCCCCGCAAGUAGAGGAAUUCAUUAAGAAGCUAAAACAAGAUUUAGAAGUGAGAGGAGUCACCAGAGACCCAUGGAAUUUAGGCACGGAAGUGGGCCACCCCGAAUGAAGUGGUUCCGCAGUCCGCGCCAGGGUUGGGAGACGUAUUAGCUGCCCUUUCGACGGCACGCAUCACCGAAGCCGGCGUUUGCCCUUUGGGGUCCAAGCUGAAGGUUCUGUUAACUCUCGAGGGGAAUCAGAAAGCUCUUUUCAAGCCGA